AUGGCACCAGCAGCAGCUGCUAUACCGGUGACAUCGUCGACUUCGACUUCAACACCAUCAUCCUCCAAAUCCAUUGCAGAUCUUACGACUCGUUUAGCAAGUGCAAAAGGGGAUGUGCCUCCUCCAUUAAUUGGCGCCUCAACCACACUUGUUAAUAAUCGGGUCUAUGUUUUUGGCGGUCGUCUUACAGCAUCAGCACACGUUCAAAACCAAUUGUAUGUCCUUGAUCUCAGCAACGGCGUGUGGACACACGUUGUGCCUAAGCACCAGCAACAACAACAACCAGCUGCACGAUACUUUCAUUCGGCUACUGCUAUUAGCAACCACAGCAUUGUGUUUUUUGGUGGCCUAACGAUAUCUGUAUCCAACGGAGGUGAACUACGGUCUCUGGGAGAUCUAUUUAUUUUGCACAUCUCGGAUGAUUCGGAGCAACUACGAUGGGAAUUCCCCACACACGCAAUGGACGAUAUAACAAUUACACCACAUCCUCGUCAUUCACACUUGGCUAUGGCGACCAACCAUGAUAACCAUUUAGUGAUUCUUGGUGGUCAAGAUGUCAACAGUGGAUACAUUGAUGAGAUCAAUGUCUAUGAUUGCAGGAAAAAGACAUGGUAUCCACGUAUAGCCACACAAUCUCAUUACACAUCUUAUGAAACUGCUGCAGCAACAUUGUUACCAGUAUCAGCAAGUGCAUCGGCAGCCAUGGGGUCUCCCAAUUUUCUCAAAGUCUUUAGUGGUGGUCAUCAUAGUGGACAACAAGAUGAUACAACAAAUGAAGAUGGUGGUGAUGGUGGAAUACAACAACAGCAGCAGCAGCAGACAUGGGGCAUGGCAACAACGCUAUUUGCGUAUAGCAAUGAAAACAUCCAUGGGGUACAUCGAAGGUUGCAUCGGAUCACAGUUUCGGCAUCAGGACACGUGGAGAGUAUCACCGACCACACCUCAGCUUUAAGCACGAGCCGCCAAUACGCCCCUCCUGCUUUACGAGCCAUGGGCAGUGCUGCAUGUGGGCAAUUUUUAAUCAUGUUUGGAGCAUGCACAACCUCUGAACCUCACCAUUUGCAAAUAUGGGCCCUCAAUAUCAGCACCAUGAUGUGGACAAAGAUCGAUGCUGGUCCUCGAUUGGUACAUGGAUCAUGGCUAUGUGGCGUAUUUCGUGAACAUGCGGGGCGUAAUGAACUUAUUGUAUUUGGUCAUCCCGAGGGUGCGUUGCACGAGGACCACACACAAAGAGUUGUGCACUAUGAUUAUUGGGUUACCAUUGAUACAGAAGCUUUUGGGGUAUACAAUCCACCCUACCUCACUUGUGGCACAUUUGCGCAGGACGCAGGUCUUGCUUUAUUGAACAAUCCAGCUCUCAGUGAUUUGACCAUUUUGACCACUGACGGGCAACGUGCACGUGCCAACUCGACUAUUCUUGCUCAACGUUGGUCAUCGAUCCGCGAUCACUUGGAACCAUUACUCUCGCCAUCCGCCUCAUCACCCGCCUUUGAAGUAUACGCAUCAUCACCACAGCAACAAGCGUUGCCUGGAUACCUUCUCACAUUCCCUGAGACAUACGACAUCUUAAUAGCAUUCUUGCAAUUCAUUUACACGGAUCACUUGACUACGGUGGAGCAAAAUCAACCCCGCAUAUUGACACGGUUAUUGAUCCUUGCAGAUCUCUUUGAUAUUGUACGUCUUAAAUCAUUGGCAUCUCACGCACUUCAUCAAAUGUUGCAAAUAUCCACAGCACCUUCGAUCUAUCAAACAGCUGCAUUAGCUAAUUGUUGGUCACUUCAAGUACGAGCUUUGCGUAUCAUGGUCAAUGCAAAAAAGUUAAUGCAACAACAGCAACAGCAACAGCAACAGCAACAACAGCAUCCACCUUCUCCAACGGCUAUGAAGGUGCAAUCAUCCUCAUACGCACUCCAUUCUCGCCCAUCUUCACCAUCGACACAGCCAAUGGAUGAUCCGUUUAAGAAUUUUGGUGCUGCUUCAUUGAUUGCAGCUACAGGAUCAUCAACAGCGUAUCAACCCCUUUCACGAUUGUUGCGCCAAUAUGAUCUUGAUGCUCCUUUGCCACCCGUCAAUUCACUUGUCCCCGAUCCAACGGCUCAACAAACACAAGUACCACCAACAUCAACAGCAUCUUCAUCAUCCUCAUCACCACCACAACCAGCACAACAACAACAACAACAACCUCCACCUCCUGUUCAAGCAAAGAAUCCUGCUCGUAGACGGGAAAACUCAGCAUCAUCUGCAACACCAACGAUAAAAAAGAACUAUCGUAAUGCACCAGUAUGGCUUCCUAUGUCAUUCUAG